AUGUAUAAAGUAACGAAAACGUUUCACAAAGAAUUGAUAGCAUUCAUUUAUCAUCCUCUGACACAAAUUUUCGUCUUCAAAAUUUUGCGUGCCAUUUUACUCGUAUGGUCGAUCCUGAUAUGGUUAAAUUUAUUCUCAGUUGGAUUCGUUCGCUCAGAAUGUAGAAUUAACCCGUUGCAAUUAAAACCUGCGCCGCUGGUGCUCAACGGGGCAAAUGAAAUAAUAUAUCCGGAUCCCAGAAGUUAUUCGGCAGCAAUUAACCAAUCAGAACGGAUAACCAUAUCUUGUCCGAGAAACAGAGUUGUCGUAAAUGGGAUCACCGAGUCUAGCACGAUUAGUGCCAAAUGCAUCUCCGACGAAUUAUUCGAAAUGAAUAAUGAGCAAAUGUAUUUCAGGUCCGUAAAAUGCCUCCAAGAGCCCCAAGAAACCGUUAGGUAUACCCAAAGAAAAUGCGCGCAGGGAAACCAAGAACUAGAAAUCGGAUACGACUUAGGUGGAGAUUGGUUUGUGACGCAAAUAAGAGUUUGUUUCGAUAACGUCAACUUAACUCCAGUUUACUCCCAUUACACUCUGAAAGGUACCAUCGCUUAUAGGGACAGCACGGUGGCUAAUCCUUUCUUCCGCGACACUGGAUUUUACACGACCUCGAGAAAUAUUGCUGAAUUAUAUCGCAGAGACAGUAUCAGAAAUGCUAUUAACACGUUGGUUGGAUUAUCGCCCUCUUCUGAAAAAUAUGUAGAGCGCAGAGGAGAUUUAUUUGUAAACCGAGGUCAUUUGGCCGCCAAAGGCGAUUUUGUUUAUGCAUUCGAGCAAUUAGCAACAUUUAACUACGUCAAUGCCGCACCUCAAUGGGCAUCUUUUAACGGUGGAAACUGGAACGAAGUCGAAAUUAGUGUACGGAAUUACGCGUCUCGUUUAGGGGAUGAUCUUGAAAUAUACACGGGGGUCUACGGCACCACCUCACUUCCUCACGAAACACACGGUCGCAACGUGGGUUUAUAUUUAGACAUCAAUAGCGGACACGUGAUGCCUAUACCCGAACUAUUUUGGAAAGUAAUUUAUAACCCCAAAACCAAACAGGGGAUAGUCGUAAUUGGUUUAAAUAAUCCUUACGAAACCAGUUUAUCCAACAGUAUUAUUUGUCCUGAUGUGUCGGCGAAAAUUACUUGGUUUAGUUCGAAUCUCAGCAGAAACCAACGGAAUGUGACACUGGGCUAUAUUUACGCCUGCACAGUUGCCGAUUUUACAAAAGUCGUGAAUAGCGCGCCUAAUUUAAAUGUCCACUCCGUGUUGAUUUAAAAAUAAAUUCAC